AUGUCAAAUCCGGGUCGCCGGAAGAUUCCGAUCCGGAAAAUACCCAACAAGAACCGUUUACAGGCGGGCGAUGGUGGGCCGAAGAACGCGCAGCUGGCUCAGAUUCUCACCCAACUGGAACUGGUGGGCCAGGCGAUGAAAGCCCAACAGAACUGUUGGACGAUAUAUCCAAUUGAUGAACUUGGGCUUGAUGGGCUUGUGCAGUUGAGAAACGAUUUGGAAGAGCUGAAGUUGAAUAUUGUGAAGCAGCAGCAGCAUGGAAGUUGCUGCUAUGAACCAUAA